GGGAUGUGGCGUGCGUAUUGUGAGGCGGUCGCACCUCUGAUGACGUAAAAGCUGUGCUCCCGGGAUCGCAGGCACUGGCGUGCCGCUUGCUAAGGUUUCAGGAUGGCGUGUCGCGGCCGUAGACCCGAACACGGCGGACCUCCGGAACUGUUUUACGACCAGAAUGAAGCCCGGAAAUACGUUCGCAACUCACGGAUGAUUGAUGUCCAGAGCAAGAUGGCUGAGCGAGCAUUGGAGCUCCUCUGUCUGCCCGAGGGACAGUCCUGUUACCUGUUGGAUAUUGGGUGUGGUACUGGGCUGAGUGGAGAUUACCUCACAGAGGAAGGGCACUGUUGGGUGGGCAUAGAUAUCAGUCCUGCCAUGCUAGAUGCCGCCUUGGACCGAGAAACUGAGGGAGACCUUCUUCUGGGGGACAUGGGCCAGGGUAUUCCUUUUAGACCUGGUUCCUUUGAUGGUUGUAUUAGCAUCUCUGCCGUGCAGUGGCUCUGUAAUGCUAACAAGAAGUCUGACAUCCCUGCCAAGCGCCUGUAUUGCUUUUUUUCUUCUCUGUAUUCUGCUCUUGUCCGUGGGGCCCGGGCUGUCCUGCAGCUGUAUCCGGAGAACUCGGAGCAGUUGGAGCUCAUCACAACCCAGGCCACAAGGGCUGGCUUCACAGGCGGCGUGGUGGUGGAUUACCCCAACAGUGCCAAAGCGAAGAAGUUCUACCUCUGUCUGUUCUCUGGGCCUUCGGCCUCUCUGCCCAAGGGCCUGAGUGCAAGUGAGGAUGGAGAGGAGGCCACGGAGUCCAAGUUCACCAAGGCCAGGGUUGUGCACGGGCUUGCGCGGCGGGGCAUGCUGAAGAAGAGCCGUGAGUGGGUGCUGGAGAAGAAGGCACGCCGGCGGCGGCAGGGCAAGGAAGUCCGACCUGACACCCAGUAUACUGGCCGCAAGCGCAGGCCCCGCUUCUGAGCCCUGAGCCUGCCUCCACCACCUUUUCUGGAGACUGACAACAUGGUGUUCUAGAAGAGUCCUGCAUUUACAGGAAUUGUGGGUUUUUGCUUUUUUUUGGUACUGAGGAGCAAACUCAUUACUUCACACUUGCUAGGCAGGCACUUUUGCUGUUGAGCUAUAUCCCCGGCCCAAUAUAGGAAUAUUUUUUCUAAAAA